UAGCAGGCGGCGACGAACGGAGCUACCUCAAGCUAGUUAGAGUUGGACGGCUGGAGAGAGCCCCGGAGAGCCCAGGCCUUGCGGGCAGAGCUACAGGACAGGACGGCCAAAUAGACGCUUGAGUCGGGAUUGGGCACGUCGUCGACGCCGUGGGCAAUGGGCGUCGGGCGGGGGGGGGCGACUAUCGAACAGAGUCACAGACAGACAGACAGACAGACAAGCAACCAUUGCUCUAUCGCUCUCGCCCGUUCGCCCUUCGCCUCUAGUCUGUUGAGAGACCUUCCGCGACAGCAGCGGUACAUGCAGCACGGCAGCGGGAGACUCGCGGGAGACUCGCGGGAGAGCUGUUCUGGCCCUGUCUCCGUCAAGCCCUGGUCUUGGGUCUCUCGAAUGUACGUCCAUACAUACUCCACUUCAACUACAGGGUCCCUGAUGGAAGCUAUGUUGGGCAAGGUAGGUAAGGUAGUUACUGUGUUGAGAACAAGCCGGAGCCACAGACGACGUCCCAAUGAGGCAUACGCCAGUUUCUGGCUGCGCGGGGGCGUGCACGCUGGGAAUGGCAGAGCGGAGACGGCCCAGGAAAGCCAUGGCAGUAGAUCCGAGAUCGAAUCAGAGAUCGCUACAGGGUGUGGGUUGCGGGCCUUCUGCUGCCCUCGCCCAACGUGCCUCUCCCAAGCCGGAGGAUGCAGCAACGGGGGGCGCGGUCCCAGAGGGACAGCCCUGAGGCGCCCGGAGAGGCUCGACCAUCCAGAGAGGAGACCAGAGGAGAGGAGAAGAGAGAGAACAGGAGGAGCCCCUAUGUGCAGUACCAACAGGGGCAGCUGGAAAGCCUGGGCGGGCACUGGGCAGCUCACAAAAAGCAGCAUGGACUUGGACUGGACUGCAACUGGAAGCAACUCAAGCGACGAUGGAUGCCCCCGUGAUUGGGUUGGAGGUAACGAAUGGUGGUGGAGCGACCGCCCUGGCUCAGGUUGGGCAGAAAUGGCCUUACGGGCAUCGAUACCCAAAGCCCGCUCCAGUCCAGUGGCAUGCCAUAGGCGUGCAGCCGCUUCCACACCCGAUUAGAAGAGCCGAGAAGCUUGCCAGGGUUCGCCAGGGUUUCGCCUGGACCGUGGACACUGGGCGCCCCCGUGAGAACCCCCGUUUUUUUUUUGGCGCCUUUUCCCGGGUCGC